GGAAGGAAAGAGGGAACAAUGGUGACGACUAUCAAGCCAAAUACCUCUUUCAACACACUUAGGUGGGGAGACCUAUUCCGCAAUCCACCAAAAGAUAAAUCUGCCUUCCCAGCAUUGCUGAACGCUGUGAAGCCACAUAUCGAGUCUUUCAAUGCGAUCACUGCUGAGGGUGGUUUGCUGGACCUUGCGCGGCAAGAUAUCGGAGUGAAGUGUGUGUUUGACGGGAAAGGCGAUGGGAAAGUGCUAGGGAAUAAGCUCUCCUGUGAGUUGCUCUCAUAUCUCUGCGGGGUGAGAAGGGGGAGCUAACUUGUGUUUCAGUAAGAAUUGACAAGAUUUACAUCGGAAAACCGAAGAUUAGCGAGAGGGAUAAGACUACGCUGAAGAGAGAGAUCUUCCCUGCGGAGUGUAGGGAAAGGCAUAUUACCUACCGAGGGAGGCUCUCGGUGAAACUGGGGCUGAGGAUCAAUGAUGGGCCAUGGGUGUCGCAGGAUAGGGAAGUUGGGAAUAUUCCAAUUAUGGUGGGGGUAUGUAUCUGCUCUCUUCUCCCACUGCUCUGGCGUUUGUCUCAACUAACGGGGCACAGUCAAACCGAUGCCACCUAGAAAACCUCUCCCCACAUGACCUCGUGGAGAGGAAAGAAGAGUCGGAAGAGCUAGGCGGGUACUUCAUCGUCAAUGGCAUCGAGAAAUUAAUCCGUAUGCUCAUCGUCCAGCGCCGGAACUACCCAAUGGCCAUCAUCCGACCUUCCUUCACCGGAAGGGGAAAAUCCUACACAAACAUGGGAGUCCAAAUCCGCUGUGUGCGGCCGGAUCAGAGCUCGCAGACCAACGUCCUUCACUACCUCAACGACGGAAACGUUACCUUCCGUUUCUCGUGGCGGAAGAACGAGUACCUUGUUCCCGUCAUCAUGGUAAUGAAGGCGCUUGUUGAGACCAAUGAUCGCGAGAUCUUCGAUGGGUUGCUGACGACGAGGGAUAUGGAGGACACGUUUUUGACUGACCGGGUUGAGUUGUUGCUCAGGACGUUCAAGGGGUAUCAGCUGCUCACCCGAAAGGAGAACCUGCAGCAUUUGGGUGAGAAGUUUAGGAUUGUAAUGGGGGUGUCGCCGGAUCUGAGUGAUGUGGAAGUUGGGAAGGAGUUCUUGAGAAAGAUUGUUUUAGUGCAUCUGGAGGAUCCUAGGGAUAAAUACCGAUUGCUGCUGUUCAUGGUUCGGAAGCUGUAUGCUCUGGCGGAGGGGACGUGUCAGGUGGAUAAUCCCGAUGCUAUUCAACAUCAGGAAGUUCUCCUUGGGGGAUUCCUCUAUGCCAUGAUUAUUAAAGAGCGAGCUGAGGAGUACCUGGAAGCGAUUGUGAAGGAUGUCCGGAGAGAGGUCCAAAGCGGGAACGUGUUGGAUUUUAGUAACAAAGAGCAUCGAGCAAGGAUGUUCCAGCGGACGAGUGGGAAUAUAGGAAGCAGUCUGGAGUAUUUCAUCUCCACCGGAAAUUUAUCUUCUCCUAGUGGUCUCGAUUUACAGCAGGUUUCGGGGUUCACUAUUGUGGCGGAAAAGAUUAAUUUUUAUCGUUUCAUCUCACAUUUCAGGAUGGUGCAUCGAGGUAGUUUUUUUGCACAGUUGAAGACCACCACUGUCCGAAAGUUACUGCCUGAAAGUUGGGGUAAGCUAUCCACGCCCUUGUAUUUCACGAGUUGCUGAGAAGUGCCUAGGAUUCUUAUGCCCGGUACAUACUCCUGAUGGAACCCCUUGUGGAUUGCUCAACCAUCUUGCGCAUAAAUGCCGAAUCGCAACUGCUCCUUCGGAUGUUUCCUCUAUUCGCAGGACUCUUGUUUCCCUUGGGGUUACAUCGUCGGCCACUUCACCGCUACCUCACUCAGCGACAGUUUGUAUUCAGUUAGAUGGGUGUAUUGUGGGCUGGUGUUCACCAAAGCUCGCUAAGGUGGUCGCGGAUACUCUACGAUUCUGGAAGGUUGAGGGGAGCCAUAACAUACCACUUGACUUGGAAAUCGGGUUUGUUCCUAUAUCUAGGGGCGGCCAGUACCCCGGUAUAUACCUUUUCUCGCAGCAGGCACGAAUGAUCCGACCAACCAAGUAUCUACCUCUGGAUAAGGAAGAUCUGGUCGGUCCAUUUGAACAGCCGUAUAUGUCAAUCGCUGUAACCCCACUAGAAAUCGUCCCGGGAGGAACAACACACGUUGAAUUUGAUCCCACAAAUAUCCUCUCCAUCAUUGCGAACAUGACGCCAUUCUCUGAUUUUAACCAGUCCCCGCGUAACAUGUACCAAUGCCAGAUGGGCAAGCAAGCAAUGGGCACACCGGGGACAGCUCUGCGUUACAGAAGUGACAAUAAAAUGUAUCGGCUGCAGACUGGACAGACACCGAUUGUGAGGUCUCCAUUGUAUAAUGAAUACGGUCUUGACAAUUUCCCUAAUGGGAUGAAUGCUGUUGUUGCCGUCAUUUCAUAUACUGGAUACGACAUGGAUGACGCCAUGAUUCUGAACAAGUCGGCUCACGAAAGAGGCUUCGGCCAUGGGACAGUAUACAAGACGGAAAAGCUUGGAUGGGCUGAGGAAAGGCGAACCCGUUCAAGGGAAUUGAAGUUCCUAUUUGGAUUCGCUAAUCCCGAUGAAAUCAGUGCCAAUAUUGACGAACUACACGAUAUGGAUGAGAGCACCGACGAGGCCAAAGCAUCCAAAAGGAAGGCCUAUCAGAGAAUCGGUAUCCGCCAAAGUUGGAUGAGAACAGUGGACAUGGACGGCCUCCCGAUAAUCGGCCAACUGGUCAGAGACGGUGAUGCAGUCGCAGUCUACCACACCAUUCCAAAAGAAGGCGACAGGACGAGACUUGAGAACAAGGUAUUCGUCUACAAGAGCAGCGAAGAUGCAUACAUCGACGAAGUCCGCCUUCUGGGCUCCGAAGGUGGCGACAAUAAACCCAUGCAAGAGAUAUCAAUCAAGUACCGGAUCCCCCGGCCUCCCAACAUUGGUGACAAGUUCUCCUCCCGGCACGGACAGAAGGGAGUCUGCUCGCAAAAGUGGCCGUCGAUUGACAUGCCCUUCACAGAGUCAGGUAUGCAGCCGGACAUUAUCAUAAACCCGCACGCUUUCCCGUCACGUAUGACGAUAGGCAUGUUUGUUGAAUCGCUAGCCGGGAAAUCCGGGGCGCUGCAUGGGAUUGCACAGGAUUCUACGCCGUUCAGGUUCGAUGAGGAGAACACCGCUGCUGAUUACUUUGGACACCAGUUGAAGGUUGCCGGGUAUAACUACCACGGGAACGAACCGAUGUACUCUGGGAUCACGGGGGAGGAAUUGCACGCUGAUAUCUACAUUGGCGUCGUAUAUUACCAGCGCUUACGCCAUAUGGUCAAUGACAAGUACCAAGUUCGAACAACUGGUAGGAUAUCUGAGCUCACACAUCAGCCCAUCAAGGGUAGGAGGAAGGGGGGGGGUAUCCGUGUCGGUGAAAUGGAGCGUGAUUCAUUGUUAGCCCACGGAGGCGCCUUCUUACUGCAGGACCGACUGUUCAAUUGUUCGGAUUACACACAGACUUGGAUUUGCAGGGCAUGUGGUAGUUUCCUGUCUACGACGCCGAGCGUGCGUGGUAGCAGUUUCGGAAGUGUAGUUCGGUGUAGGCGGUGUGCUGUGCCAGCUACCGGACUGGAAGAGAAAGAAAUGAUCUGGGAGGAUGGACUGGGUGGGAGGUUUGUUGGUGGGAAGGAUACGACUGUUGUGGCGGUGCCCUAUGUUCUAAAGUAUGGUUUCAAAUCCUCGUGUAUCGUGAUAAUGGACCUAGAACUAAAUUUCCUGCAGAUAUCUGGACGUGGAACUAGUAGCAAUGGGUAUUGAAAUGAAAUUUAAUGUUAGCCCUUAGAUCGAAGCAGAAAGAUGGAAAGGUUGGAGGGAAGAGAUCUCGAGGUAGGUUUUGUAUAUAUGGUGUGGCAGCCGUUGCUUGCUGUAAGGUUGCAUUGUGCAGUGUCCUGAUAUCACUUCGAGAAAUAAAUUUUUGUAUGAUAUUUAUACCAUGCUGGGACUCUGAAUAAUAGAAAGAUGUCAAGCUU